UUCAGCCCCCGACGGAUCGGCCCGGCCCGUGCCCACGCCCCGGGGAGUGGGGGAGGCCGGCCCGGGCCUCCAGCCCGCGGCCGUCGCCGUCGUCGCCACGGCCGCCGCCACCAUGGCGGAGAAUUGGAAGAACUGCUUCGAGGAGGAGCUCAUCUGCCCCAUCUGCCUGCACGUCUUCGUGGAGCCCGUGCAGCUGCCCUGCAAGCACAACUUCUGCCGCGGCUGCAUCGGAGAGGCGUGGGCCAAGGACAGCGGCCUGGUGCGCUGCCCCGAAUGCAACCAGGCCUACAACCAGAAGCCGGGCCUGGAGAAGAACCUGAAGCUCACCAACAUCGUGGAGAAGUUCAACGCCCUGCACGUGGAGAAGCCGGCGGCGGCGCUGCACUGCGUGUUCUGCCGCCGCGGCCCCCCGCUGCCCGCGCAGAAGGUCUGCCUGCGCUGCGAGGCGCCCUGCUGCCAGUCCCACGUGCAGACGCACCUGCAGCAGCCCUCCACCGCCCGCGGGCACCUCCUGGUGGAAGCGGACGACGUGCGGGCCUGGAGCUGCCCGCAGCACAACGCCUACCGCCUCUACCACUGCGAGGCCGAGCAGGUGGCCGUGUGCCAGUACUGCUGCUACUACAGCGGGGCGCACCAGGGACACUCCGUGUGCGACGUGGAGAUCCGGAGGAACGAGAUCCGGAAGAUGCUGAUGAAGCAGCAGGACCGGCUGGAGGAGCGGGAGCAGGACAUUGAGGACCAGCUGUACAAACUGGAGACCGACAAGCGCCUGGUGGAGGAGAAGGUGAACCAGCUGAAGGAGGAAGUGCGGCUGCAGUACGAGAAGCUCCACCAGCUGCUGGAUGAGGACCUGCGGCAGACGGUGGAGGUCCUGGACAAGGCGCAGGCCAAGUUCUGCAGCGAGAACGCAGCACAGGCGCUGCACCUGGGGGAGCGCAUGCAGGAGGCCAAGAAACUUCUGGGCUCCUUGCAGCUGCUCUUCGAUAAGACCGAGGAUGUCAGCUUCAUGAAGAACACCAAGUCUGUGAAAAUCCUAAUGGACAGGACCCAGACCUGCACAGGUAGCAGCCUUUCUCCCCCUAAGAUUGGCCAUCUGAACUCCAAGCUCUUCCUGAAUGAGGUGGCCAAGAAGGAGAAGCACCUGCGGAAAAUGCUAGAAGGUCCCUUCGGCACACCAGUGCCCUUUCUUCAGAGCGUCCCCUUGUACCCGUGUGGCGUGAGCAGCUCUGGGGCAGAGAAGCGCAAGCACUCAUCGGCCUUCCCUGAGGCCAGUUUCCUGGAGACCUCGUCAGGUCCAGUGGGCAGCCAAUAUGGGGCAGCAGGCCCAGCCAGCGGCGAGGGCCAGUCAGGGCAGCCUCUGGGGCCCUGCAGCUCCACACAGCACUUGGUGGCGCUGCCGGGCGGUGCCCAACCAGUGCACUCAAGCCCUGUGUUCCCCCCAUCGCAGUACCCCAAUGGCUCUGCUCCCCAGCAGCCCAUGCUUCCCCAGUAUGGCGGCCGCAAGAUUCUCGUCUGUUCUGUGGACAACUGUUACUGUUCUUCCGUGGCCAACCAUGGCAGCCACCAGCCCUACCCCCGCUCCGGCCACUUCCCCUGGACAGUGCCCUCACAGGAGUACUCACACCCGCUCCCGCCCGCACCACCCACCGUGCCCCAGUCCCUUCCUGGCCUGGCGGUCAGAGACUGGCUCGAUGCCUCCCAGCAGCCUGGCCACCAGGAUUUCUACAGGGUGUAUGGGCAGCCGUCCACCAAGCACUACGUGACGAGCUAACGCCACUCGGGCAGGGGGCGCUGGGGAAUCUUCCCCCCCAGGCCUCAGGGGCUCAGGAAUGAUGCAUUCAGAGAUCUGCCCACCUACCUUCCUGCCCAGCCCUCUUCCUUCAUUCCCCAAGACUUUUCCUUUUGAAUUUUGUUUGUUUUGGGCUUUGUUUUUAUUUUUUGGGUUCUUGGGUUUUUUUUAUGACUCUCCUGGACUUGGAGGUGACAGUGGGAGUUGGUCUGGCUGGGCCUAAGGUGGCCCUUGAGUUGGGAAGGCAUCUACUUCAUAGCGAUGAAUUCAUUCACUCCUUUCUCCUCUCUCCCUUUUCGUUCUCCCUCUUCCUACUCCCCCAGGCUAGAAGGAGCCUCAGUUUACCCUCAAGCCUUGGAGGGAGGUGGGACCCAGCCCUCCCCACUCAGCCUGUGAGGAACCUCUGAGCUACUCACUGACCUUUUGUUUGGGGCAGUUUGAUCACUGACUAAGGAAUGACCCAUAGAAUGUGGGGCUUUUUUUUUUUUUUUUUUUUAAUAUUUUUAAACCAAGAAUGAUUUCUCUUGCUUCCUCCUCACCCUCCUCCAUUUGAAGGCCACUUCUCAAGCAGCUUUUGCCAUCUAUAGCCUCAGAGUGGGAUCUUCCAGACAGGACCUAUGUCCAGGAAAGGGGACAGGAACUUUGCCAAUGAUAGUGACCACAGCGAAAGCAAAUAAUAAUAUUAAUAAUAAUAAAGAGAAAUAAAAGAAAUAAUAAAAUAAAAAUCAGCAUAGCCCUUGUGGAGGUCAGCGGGGGAGGAGGGGCCUGCCCCAAGCUGGGCCUUUGCCUGGAUUUUGACACAGCAACUUCCUGUAGCGAGCACUUUGUAUGAACCGUGGAAUUCCUGUUCUCAAGGCACAGGUAUUCUGUAAUCUGUCUAGAGCACACACCGAAAUUCAGCCUUCUAAUAAAUAUAAUGGCGCAGUC